CCGGCCGGUCUUAUUUUGCACUCGGACACGCGCUCACGCCGCUGGUUCCGACUGUUUUUGAACGUUUCCACCUGUUUAAGAGCUCGUUUCUUCCUGUAUGCGCUACAACUAAAUGAGCGGCCAUGGCGGAGAACAAGGACUUGAAGCUGGACUUCACCCUGAAGGAGCUCACUCUGGCCCCGCAGCCCGAACACCACGACGUCCCGGGAGGCUCCUCCAGCGUGGAGCUGCGGGACAAGCGGCUGGUGUGUGUGGAGUAUCCGGCGGUGGUCCGCAGCGUGGAUAAGAUGCUGGAGACUCUGGGUGGAGAAGCGACGGUGACCAAAACCUUCGCUCACCCAAACAAGCGUCUUGAGCUUCGUUUCCGACCUCAGGAUCCCUUCUGUCACUCUGCGUGUGGAAAUCGCUUCCCGUCGAGCAACCUGCUGCUAAGAGUGCGACGGCGGGUCCGAAAAACAGACCCCAGUGACGCUGAGAUCCACAUGGAGGUGCUCGGAGUCAUCGGAACGACGUACAAAUUCCAAGGUCUGGCGGACUUUCAGUGCCUCGCCGUGCAUUCAGAAGGUGGAAAAAUCACUUCUUUGUACGACAAAAUCAUUCUCCGCAAAUCUGAGAACCAGGAGUUCUUCGAGCGGCCGAUGCCUUACUUCCUCCCCCCGGCCAUCUUCUCGCGCCUCGACACUCCCGUGGAUUAUUUCUACCGGCCUGACGUCCAUCAGAACCAGAUGCCCAUGACCAAGAAGAACUUUAUUGGUUUGAAUCGGGCUCGGCGGCCUCACAACGCUAUUUUUGUCAGUUUUAAUGAACCCAGCGUGCCGUCCGAGUGUAUGGAGGCAGCCAGGCUUAACUGGACACGAGUCUGCGUGAAGGACAAGGACAAGCAGGCCGAAGAGCAGAUGAAAACGAUGUUUGAGAGUCGGCCCAUCUGGUCGCGGAACGCAGUCAAGGCCAACAUCAACAUCCACCCUGAUAAACUCAAACUGCUGCUGCCCGUCUACGCCUACUACAUGGUGACAGGACCGUGGAGGAGCCUGUGGGUGAGGCUUGGCUACGACCCCAGAAAGUGCUCAGAGGCCAAGAAAUACCAGAUGCUGGAUUUCAGGAUCCGCUGUAGCACCAAACACGGCUACUCGCUGUCCGACAUCCCGGUGAAAGCCAAGAGGAGCGCCCUCAACUACAGCCUGCCGAUCACGGUGAACAAAACAGGUCCACAGCCAGCCAGCGUGAUGGAUCUUCCUGCUCAGGAGGGUCCAGGCAGCAGCCGAGAUCCAGCUCCGAUCUCGUACCAGCUGAGGGAGUCCUCCUACGUUUUCAGAGACGGCAUGCUGCCUCCUCACAGACAGAUGUUCUACCAGCUCUGUGAUCUGGAUGUGGUGAGCAUCAAAGAGGUUGUCGAGCAGAACACCGGCAGCGAGCAGCUCUGCGAUGAACGCGACGGCUGGUGUGUUGUCGGCACCACCGACAGGCUGAGAGACAUCAUCUCAGCCAUGAUCAAGAAGGUCAUCCGAGCUCAGAAACCAGCAAUGCCAGAACGCCCCAAAAGACGAAGACGCAAAGCCCUGAAGAGAGACGUGGAUGCAGACGAGGACGACGAAGAGGAGUAUGAGAACAAGGAAGAUGAAGAGGAGGAUGAGGACGAUGAAUUUCAGCCGUCUGAGGGAAGCGAAAAUGAGAUGGAGACAGAAAUUCUAGAUUACAUGUAACAAUAGACUCCAUGUGGUUGUUAAUAUUUUGCAUUAUCUCCUUGUGUAAAGUGCAGUAUCUCACCUGUUCAGCUCAAUGUAAAUAAAGACAUUUCAUAUUUGUA